AUGGAUAUCAAGUGGCUUGACUAUCGUUCCGCGUUGAAGAGGAUAUAUUUUUCGGACCGCUCAUUGAUUCCGUUGGAAACCGAUGACUUCCAGGAUUUCUGGAAGUUCUUUGACAAGUACUUGGACGUCGCCAGACGGAAGUCGAUACGUAGCGAGCCAGUGGCAUCUGGCCGACCAUCGUUCGGGGGUGCGCUGACGUCAUCACGGUACUCCCGGUACUACCGACAAUUGUAUGUGCCAGUGUUGGAUAAGACCGAGCGGUACGCGGCACGAAGUUUGCCGACGAACGUGGUGGCGGAAUUCGAGUACGUACUCAACUGCUACGUCGAGUUCCGGCAACGCAAGUCUCUCGGCAAGCUGAAGGCUAUACAGCGGGCACAACGCAACCUGCCGAUCUACUUAUUCAAGGGGGACAUCGUUCGACUGGUCCGUUCCGAGCAGGUAGUGAUCAUCGCCGGUGACACUGGUUGUGGAAAGUCCACACAGACCAUCCAGUACCUGUUGGGUGCCGGCUUCGACCGUAUCGCAUGUACCCAACCUCGGCGUAUUGCCUGCAUCUCAUUGUGCAAACGAGUCGCCUAUGAAACGCUGAACGUCUAUGGAUCGUCGGUCGCCUAUCAGAUCCGAUUCGAACGGACAAAAACCGCCUCCACUAAAGGCCUGUUCCUCACCGAAGGCCUUCUGUUGAGACAGCUCAGUAUCGAUCCGGAUCUUUCAGCGUACGAUGUGGUGAUUAUGGACGAAAUACAUGAGCGUCAUUUGCAGGGCGAUUUCUUGUUGGGCGUUCUUCGGGACCUGGUGUUGAAGCGGCGCGAGCUAAAGCUGGUGCUGAUGUCGGCGACGAUCAACCUCGAGUUAUUCAGCGGCUAUUUUGAACGAGCGCCGAUUUUGCAGGUUCCCGGUCGGCUGUAUCCCAUCAAACUGGUCUACAUGCCGUUGCCGGCCAAGGAGUCCAAAUCCGAGCGCAUCGACCCGUCGCCGUACCGCGGCAUUCUGAGCAUGAUCGAUCAGAAGUACCCAGCCAGCGAACGAGGCGAUGUGCUCAUCUUUCUAAGCGGGAUCACAGAAAUCACAACCGUUGCCGAGGCGUUGAAGGAGUACGCGGACUUGAGCGAAACCCGACGAUGGGUGAUCCUUAUGUUGCACAGCACGUUGUCUUUGGACGACCAAGAUCGCGUGUUCGACAUCACGCCGGAUGGCGUUCGUAAAUGCAUCCUGUCGACGAACAUCGCCGAGACGUCGGUGACGAUCGACGGUGUUCGCUUCGUGGUCGACUCCGGCAAGGUGAAGGAGAUGCGCUAUGACGCCGACACGAAAAUGCACACCCUCAAAGAAUGCUGGAUUUCGCAGGCAAGUGCUGAACAGCGCAAAGGUCGCGCCGGUCGUACUGGUCCUGGCAAUUGUUAUCGUUUCUACUCGCCGCAACAGUACGAAAAAUUCGACAAGUACACGGAACCGGAAAUACGCCGAGUCUCGUUGAGUUCGCUAUUAUUGCAGAUGUACCAUUUGAACAUAGCUGAUCCGAGGAAUUUUCGGUUUAUCGAGCCGCCCAAUAAAGACAGCAUAGAAAACGCAAUAACCCAUCUCAAGGAUCAGUCUGCACUGACGAACGAAGAGCUGUUGUCGCCUUUGGGGCAGAUCUUAGUCAACCUCCCUGUGGACGUGCGCAUCGGCAAGAUGUUGGUAAUGGGAUGUCUGUUUCAGCAGAUCCAGCCGAUUCUAACGGUCGCUGCGGCGCUUGACGUUCAGUCGCCUUUCACGUCCCGAUCGUUUCGGGACCUUGAGGCCCAGUCCCUUCGCGGUCAGCUGAUGUCCGACAGCGGGGACCCAUUUGCACUGCUGAACGUCUACCGCGAAUGGUUGAACGUGAAGGCGCAAAAUCGCGAGUCUUCGACGCGGUGGUGUCGCAAGCGAGGGAUCGAAGAACAGCGGUUGUAUGAAAUCUCGAAGCUGCGGUCCCAGUUUAAGGGUAUUCUGGAGGAUAGCGAUCUGAUCGAGCACAAAGAGCUGCACUUGUCGGCUGCUCAGCGACGGAUUCGCAAGGGGGAGGUGUUGCGACUGAAAAGCUUGAAACGGAAGUUCCAGUCGUCUCAGCGCUCUCGUAAGGUGCUGAAACUGAAACACUGGGACGACGAAUUGGAGCCGGAUGCAGCAGAAGAGGGCAACACGACGUCGACCGCGGACGAAUUGAAGGACGUUCGAGCGGUCGACUUUUACAUCACCCAUACGUCGUCUGAGAUCGAGGCGAACAUCAACGAAUUGGCGAUGGAUGAUCUGUCGCUGUGCGUCAUGAAAUCGAUCGUAUGCGGCGCGCUGUACCCACAGUACGGCGUGCUGGACGUGCACAACAGCUACAAGCCGGGCAGUGACCUGGUCAUCCACUCGAAGGCUAAGUCGUUCCUGCUGUUGCAUCCGAACGGUUGUCUGGCGCAGGACGCUGAGUCGUUGUGCGUGUUGCAGGACGGCGAGGGACGUAGCGGGCGUCAUCACCUCAUUUUUUACUCGCUGCUCCUCGAAACGACCAAACCGUACGCGGUAAACACUGUCCGGGCACCGGCUCUGCACUCUUUGCUGCUGUUCGCGCGACACAUCGACACCAGCGCAGAUUUCCACCGCAUCGUCUGUGAUCAGUUCGUCGAAUUCCAGAUCGUUAUACGAAACCCGAAGUCGGAACACGUCGAUACCAAAACUGAAGCCGAAUCCGGCCAGGAUCCGUCUGGUCCCGGUUCCGGUUCCGGUUCAGGUACCGAUAGCAUUGAAGAUCUGGUCUUCGAAGCUGUUCAGAUCCGUCAGCGGUUUGCUCAGUGUUUGGAGCGGAAGCUGGCCGGCGACAAAUAUCGCAGCCAGUCGUUGCCGAAGCGAAUUCAUCGCUUCUUCAGACACGAGCUGCUGUACUCUUUGCGACACCUGCUUCCUGCCGAUGUCAAGAGCUUGUAUGGCUGCUCGGAUUCGGCUGCCGGUGGCCGUGACAAAGCGACCGCAGUGACCGACUACCUGACCGUCGGCUCGUUGGCGAAGGUCGGCCAGGUCGAAGAUGCGGCCAGUUACUUGACGAAAAAAUGGCGUUGCGACAACUGCGGAAACGAAUUUUAUUUUUCGUUCGUUCAACGGCUCGAACACCAAAACGGCUGUGUGGAGAAGGGGAAAGGCAGUGGUGGCGGUGGCGGCGACGCUUCUGACGAUGAACACUCCUCGGCGAAGUCUUCGGCAAAUACUGCCCAGCACAAUGACUACUACUGUAGCGAAUGUUGUAUUUGCUUUGAUAGUCCAAUUAAUUACUUGAAACAUAAACGGUUGCACUAG